AGAAUAUGUUGAGUCAACAGUGAAAGAAUAAGAAGAGUAAGAUUAUUAAUUAUCAAAUUUACCCAUAUCACAUAGCAAAGUGGCACUAUCAAGAAAUGUUGAAACUGCUGGGCCAAUCAAGACUCACACAGGCCGUGAAAACAUACAAGGGAAUGGAGAUAAAACUCCAAGCAUUCCUAGCCUUGGCAUUAGAUGAAGAUAAGUGGUCAGCUUCACAGUCUGGCUGCUUUAUCUCUGGGAACAGAGCCUUCAUUAGCCACUGAAAGGAGGCUGUGUGGACCCACAGCCAGUCUGGACAUGGUAGCAAAGGAGGCGUAUUAGACAAGAGGUAAUGAAACAGUUUCCUCAAAUUUCUGAGAAUGACUUACAAGCAUUAUUCCCUCCUAAGGAAGUGAUGAGUGCAGUAAAAAUAAUUACACACGGGGGUGAUUUGAGUGUGGUGUACUGUGUUCAGAAAUUGCCUCUGAUUUUUGAAUUGGAACAGAAGAUGUACCCAACAGUAUGCAUGUUGUGGUCCUUUCCCAGUAUCUUGCCAUCUUUCACCACAUGGCCUCAAGUUUUCAACAGACUUGCUGGAGGUGCAGACCUCAUGCUACCAGGAAUAGUUUUGAAAAGACAGUUACAUGUCAAAGCCUAUGGUAACUUGCAGAAAGGGGAGGCAGUUGCGAUAAAUAUGACAACAAAUAAGGCUCCAGUUGCUGUUGGGGUAACAGCAUUGUCAAGUUUUGACAUGUAUAUGGCUGCACAGCGUGGCAAAGCAGUGAAAAUUUUACACUUUGUUGGAGAUGAACUGUGGUCAUAUGGUACUAAACUUACAAUACCAGAAUUAGGACCUCCCCCUGGUUAUGAGGUCGAGGUAGAUAUUUCUUCAUUGUCAGUGGAAGAUAGUAAUCCUGCAAAUACUGAACACACAAUCAAGGCAGAAAGUGAAUUAGUGAAUAAAAGUGAUGCGCAAACUGCAAGUCUGCCAGGUGACUUGGAGAAAAAUGCAGUUGAAAAUUUACGUGAGAAUGCUACAGACCUGAUUUUGGAUGUUGUUUCUGCAGAUAAUUCAGAAGAUCUUGAUAUGGGAAAGGUCUUUGACUCUAAUGGAAUUCUUCAAGAACACACUGGUAUAGAAGUAGUUCCUGAGUUGGGUGUAAAUCCUCAGGAAGUUAUGGACAAAUUGUUAGAAUACUGUUUCUUGAAAGCUUGGAAAACUUCUGCUAAGAAGAUAGGAUUUCCAUUGUUGACGAGUAAUUUUUACAAGUUACAUAUGCUACCAGCUUGUCCUUCAGGAAAGCAGCUAGACUUGAAAAGGUCAAGUCACAAAAAGUUAUCAAAAUUUCUGAGUGCUAUGGAGAACUUAGAUUUAAUAAAAGUGACAGAACUAACAAAAGGUGUUGAAAGUAUAAUGAUGGUCAACAGAAAUCAUCCGAUGUAUAAGGAAUUUGUAGACAUAGAAGAAUCAUUUGAUGAUGCUGGAAAGAUGACUGAAGCAUCUGCCAAGACUGUGAAACCUGCAAUUGUUGAGUUAUAUACUGUAACUGCUGCAGUUCUACCACUCUUUUCCAAAUUUGGACUCAGGAAAGGAGGCAGCUUGCCAGUGGCAGAUGUUCGUAAACAUGUUACAGAUUAUGUUAAGAAAGAAAAGUUGCAAGAUCCUAUGAACAGAAACUUGGUGAGAGUCGAUGCAGUGCUUCAGGCGGCUGUCCAAAAUCCAAAUACAGUAGCUGUUUCAUGGGAAGAUCUGAUGGGAUUGAUCAUAGGGCGAAUGAGUCAUUCCUAUCAGAUGACUUUUUCUGAUCAUAAAACUGUUGCUCAGAAGGGGAAAUUGGACCCAAUUGAUAUCCAAGUUGGAAGGAGAACAGGAAAUAAGAAGGUGACAUUAAUUAACAAUCUGGAACUUUAUGGCAUCAACAUUCAGGAAUUUGCGAGGGAAUGCCAGCAUGGUGUGGCAGCUAGCACAAGUAUCAGCACUGUCCAAGGCAAGAAGAGCCAGCAGCUUUUGGUACAGGGAAAUCAAGUGUUGUUUGUCGGGAAUCUGUUAAUGGGUAAAUACCAAAUUCCCAAGCAUUAUAUUCGAGGACUAGACAGUGCUCCUCGUCAGAAGAAGUGAUGGAGGGGUCAUCACUAGUUUUUCAGUUACUUCCAUCAGCAAUUGCAAACAUUCUGUUACUGUAAAUGAUCUCUUGUUUGUUUGUUGGCUGUAUAUAGAUACAGUAGGUCCCUCUUAAGAAGUUUUCUAUGGGAUAAGCAAUGUAAAAUUCUAAAGCAGAGAAUAUUUUAAAAGGGCAAACUUUCAAAUGUUUACAAAAUAAUUUUAUCCUCUGUGUAAAACAAAUUGUAUAAACAAUAAUGAUUUUAUUGUGUGUGUGUGUGUGGAUACCUGCUAUUCAAAUGUGAAAUGUUUAUUGGAAAGAAUGAAAUAAAUUUGUCCUGCUAGACAGCAUUGGCACCCUCUCGCCAGGGAAA